AAAAUGUGCAUCUCACUACAAAUCUAACUUUUUUGAAGAUAAUUGGGUCAUACUUUACAUUACAUCGUUAUUGUUGCAAUUGUACUAUUUAAUUACGUAAUUUAAUGUUAUCCUUCAUGUUAAUAAUGAAAUAUAUGUAUUUAUGAUGUUCAUGAAACUGUUUGUAAUUGCACAAUCUUGUAAUUAAACAGGUUGUUGUAAUUGCUGCUGUUAACCCAUUAAUUUAGUUAUCCAUCAUUUAACUCUGUAGCUUUGUUACACUGUAAUGCUAAGUGUUACAAACAACAGUGUGAGUUCUUAUAAAUGAAGCGUGUAAUUUUUGCAAAAUAAUGGGUAUGUUUAAAUUGCCCAAUCAAAUCAUGCAAAGUGGACUUCACAGGACAUUUGGCCACUUUAAGUCAAAUUUAAGAUUUCCACUGCAAACUACUUAGGGAACAAGUGUACAUCGGCAUAUGACUUCACAGGAAGUGGAAAGGGGGUUAUUUACCCACAAGGCAUUUUGUACCACCUCGAAUAUGUCACUUCCCUACUAUAUAGCAUGUCAAAUGUACGUUGUGCCCAAAUAUGCAGUAAUAAUGAAAUGGUAGCUGAAAAAUAUCCAAAUUGACGGAUUGCAUCUGCUGACAUUGUGAGGUGUGCAGUCAGGAAACUUUCCUGUCCCAUAAGACCUAUUAAGCUGAGGAGCUGUCAGAUUUAGAAAAGCUGACAAAUAAAAAUAAAAAUGAUGAGCCAUGUGGCUCUUUCCACAUGUAAGUGCUAUAGGUACCAAGAACGCUGGUUCCCACUAGUCAAUUAUUUAUCAAAUUCAGUACAUACUCUGAUAGGAUGGGAUUUUGGACACAGAAAAAGUUUGGCUAAAAAAAAUGUGAUUGGCAUUUUUAUUCAGGCUGAUGAAAAGAAGUGCUUUUUAUGCUGUUUUUGAGCGUGUAAAGUGAGAUGUGAUUAGCGAGAAGACAUCACAUUUUCAUUUUAAACACCAGUUGUUUAUUACUAAACUAGGUGUGUUUAUUUAAAUAUAUAAUUCAAUAUAUAAGUACAGCAUGGAGUUGUUAUAUACAUUUAUAUAUUUAAAAGUAUGGUAAUGUAUAUUUAUUUCUAAAAUACCUACCUGACUCUAGUGUUGUCUGUGACAGUGUGACUUGAGUUUUCCAUAUGACCAAAUUUUGUCAGGUGACGUGAACUUCUACAAAUAUCCCCUGUUGAGUGUGUAGGGUGCAGUGAACACUAAGUAGAGACCCUGUGAAUUGGAAUACAGCUAAUUUCUUUUUUUUAAAAACAGGUUUUUGAACACUCCCCUGUCAGCCAUUGGUCGACUGAACAGUUAGUCCCACCCUAAAGUCACACCACCGAGAGACAGUGUUUACACUUUCUGUGGGAAUCAGUCUACGAAUGGUUUAAUUAUUGUUGUCUCUGUGUUUAAAGUUGGGAUAGGAGGAAGUGUUUGGAUUAAAAAAUAUAUAUAUUUAACAUUGUUUGUAAAUAAUGCUGAUUGUUCUGUGGUGUUUUUAUUAAAAUUAUUUUUAUUGCUGACAUGCUCAGAAAGUCCCACUGUAACAGUUCUAAACUGUUCUUGUUGUUUUUUUUUUUUUAUCAGCAGCUUUGAAAAGCAGCAAUAGGCAGCCCGCAUGGAACGAGCAGGAAGCAUCCAACUUGAUAUUCCGGACUUCAGCAACUCCGUCCUGUCACAUCUGAACCAGUUGCGAAUACAGGGCCGUCUGUGUGACAUUGUGGUCAAUGUUCAGGGCCACAGUUUUCGUGCCCACAAGGUGGUCCUCGCCGCCAGCUCACCCUACUUCAGGGAUCACAUGUCACUGAGUGAGAUGAGCACCGUGUCCAUAUCAGUAAUCCGCAACCCAACCGUGUUCGAGCAGCUCCUUUCCUUCUGCUACACGGGACGCUUGUGCUUGCAGCUCGCUGAUAUCAUCAGCUACCUGACGGCUGCCAGCUUCCUUCAAAUGCAGCACAUUAUUGACCGUUGCACCCAGAUUUUAGAAGGAAUCCACUUUAAAAUCAGUCUGUCAGAUGUGGAAGAGGAGAUCGGGAACGGGGCCCACAGGACCGCCAACCAAACCAUUGAGUCAGGAAGAGGUGGGACCGGGCUAGGUGGGUCCCGCUCCCUAAGUCCCAGACAUACUAGUUCCCGAUUGAUUAGCAACACUGGGGUGAUCAACAUCCGUGAUGUGAGGGAAGUCCGAGAGAUCAGUCCCCCUGGGGAGUCCAUGAGUCCCCAGAUUGUGGAGCACAGUGGCAUUGGCUCAGAGGAGGUGGGAACUGGGAAAGAGCCCAUUCUCCGUAUCAACCGUGCUGGGCAGUGGUAUGUCGAGACGGGGACUGAGGUGGAAAGAGGAGGAGAGGAGAACGUGCGGAUGGUGGACGGGUUUCGGAUUAAGACGGAAAGGAUGGAUGAGUGGAUGGGAGCGGAGACCCAGGCGUCGACGGAAGAGGGCAGUGGGGCCGAGGAGGGGCCGACAGUGAUGAUUGACACCUCAGGACGUAGCACACUGGUGCAGGAAGGAGGAAGAGGUGGGAAAAGCUCCCAGCCGUCCAGUAGCAUCAGUGAAACAGAGAGGUUUAGUCCAACAGGAAGUGUGGUUGUGAUGGCUGAUCACCAGAGAGCCAAGAGUGAGUCUCCAGGAAGAGUCGACGAUCAGAGACACCCCUCCUCACAGGGAGAGGAACAAGCUGUGUUUGACAUGGGGGGAUACGAGGAGUACCUACGAGAACAGGUAGGUGAUCGGUGGUUCCGCUACAACCCCCGUCUCACCUGCAUAUACUGCUGCAAGUCCUUCAACCAGAAGGGCAGCCUAGAUCGCCACAUGCGCCUGCACAUGGGCAUUACCCCCUUUGUUUGCCGAAUCUGCGGGAAGAAGUACACCCGCAAGGACCAACUCGAGUACCACAUCCGUAAGCACACAGGAAAUAAGCCUUUCCAUUGCCACGUCUGUGGCAAGAGCUUCCCGUUCCAGGCAAUCCUCAACCAGCACUUCCGCAAAAACCAUCCAGGCUGCGCCCCACAGGAGGUGUCCCAUAGUGCCUCGCCCGAGACUACCACGGUCACCUCCCGUGGAGGCCAAAACGAAGAUGAGUCGCCCUCCCAGGAGGAUGCUGAGGGCAAUGGUGGAGGUGACGGCUCGUCCUUCGGAGAAGGUGUCCAACCUUCGGUAUCCACCACUGGGCCCGACUGAAAGGCUUUGAAGGAAAACGUCACAAGUUUAGGGAGACACAGGACAGCGGGGUCCAACAGAACCUUCUCUUGAGAAAUCCCUCUGUCCCUUGUCUCCCACCAUCCACACUGAAAUUACAAGUUGGAAGGAGUUGAGUGAGCAGGAGGUUCUCUCAGCUGCUGUCAAUGAGGAACGGAUAAAAAAGGAAGAGUCUUCUGUGUCCUACUUGGACGAAGAUCCUCUAUUUUUUCCAGUGAUAACAAAGAUGCAAGGAACAAUUUGGUAGGAAUAGUAUUCUCUAGGGAUUUAUAAAUGGUAUUUCCGCUUUAAACCACAUCUACCUUCACCAUACAAACUGAACAGGACAUCAAUAUAUGAAGACAAGCCACACUUCAACAACCUCACACACCACUGGAUGCAGUGAUUUUUGUUUUCUUUUUUUUGUUUUUAGUCUUUCCUGUCUUUUAUAUGUUACUUUUUUAUAUUUUUGUACUACAACAGAUCUUUCAGGAUAAACUAAAAGAGAAGCUCUAGCUAUGAUUUGGUCAAAUUGCGUCAAAAUUGCCAAACUUCUCUGUGCCAGAAGAUGAGUUAUAAAAAGAGAGGACAUCGUAGUCCUUUGCUACUUUGCCUUGAGACAAUCUUGAGAAAUUAACCUGGGGCUAGACUUUGCGCUCCCCAGCCAUGGCAAGCUUAGGAAAACGGGUUCAGUUUUUUAUUAGGGACCCUCAGGUCUGACCUAACAUCAGAUUCUUGAUUUAUUUUUUCGUUUUGUGUUUAAGUGCCGAUCCGGCCUGCCAUAGAACCGAAACACAUUGCUCACACUUAGCCUCAACGCAAAGGAAAUUGUCGUUAUAGAACUUUGGGUUUAUAACAAGAAAAACUCACAUCAUUAUUUUACUUUUAAUGUUGGUGGUAAUACUGUGAUAUAGGCACUCUGGUGAAAAGAUGUUGGUAGAGUAUAGCAGUGACAUAUAUAUUUAUUUCAAGUUUAGUUCCCAUUAAGGCUUUCAUACAUCUCUGAACUCAACAACUCAGCUGCUGAAUGUUGGCGAUACAGUGAUAUAAAACAAGGAAAUCCUUCAACCUCAGAUAAGCUACAAUAGACCGCUCAGUUACCUCUCUCUCACAUCACUUCGCAAUACCGAUCUGUCGCACGCAGAUGCGUGGAUGCACUCAGCUGAAUUUUAUGUUCAGUGUUUAUUUCUUUUCAUACGUUUUAAGUCGCUCGUUGAGAUUCGCUAGUCACACCAACUUGUUUUACUGGUCUGGCAAUACUUUGUUUGUAAGAAUGUGUUUGAGCAGGGGUAAGUGGUCUCUCAGAGGAUGUAACCUUGUUCCUUUUUUGUGUCAAGUCAAAAGAAAUGAGUCUAAGGCUGAGACGAACCAAAAUGCGGACUUGGUCGUCGAUGCCGUUUAGGAAAACGGAAACCGUAUGUCUGUGAUGACUGGGAUACGCCGAAAUGCCACGGAAUGACUUUGAGUGUAAGAUUUCCCUUCAGCUGAUGAAAGGCACUUUAACCUUGGGGUCAAGUUCCUUUACACUUGGCUUAUGAACAGAUGUUUCCAGCUGGUGCUUUCAGUAACCAAAGGAACUGAAAUUUAUUGUGGAAGUUCUUAAACCCUUAAGAUUUGGAGGGCGAAGAGGAAAAAAAGAGAUUACAUCAGGCACUUAAAAAAUGGGAUGGGGUGUUUUUAUUUUGUUUUUUGUUUUUAGAAUAUUUGUAUAUCUAUAUACAUGUCACUUAUGCAUAUUUAGGCAAAUUUAUACUUCUAAUAACUAUACAGAGACAGUUUCUAGAAUGAUCAACAAAAGCAAAGGUGUUUUAAGUGAAAGUAAAGCUGUUAUCAUUUUUAUAAGGCUGUGAAUCACACUUGGUUGUGACUGAUUUUUUAGGAAAGGGUUGAUGCAUAUAAAAAUCAGCUACUGAUGUUUCCAAUAGGGAUUUUGUGCACCUCACUUAAUAUCAACACAGGUUAGAACUUACUUUUACCAUUACUCACAUCUGUGAACACAGGUGAGCAGGUAAACACUUCUUACAAAUAUCAGGAACUCACUGUUUACUUUUUGUGUUUACCUUUUUUUUUUGGUUUGUACCAAGUGGAUUUUCUUACUUAGAAUUCUAGCUCUGGGUAACUUGGGUCGACAUAUUUCACAAGUGCAGCAAAAAAAAAGAAAAGAAAGAAAAAGAAAGAAAAAGAAAAAACUACUUACAUAUGAACAUUUCCUCUCAAUGUAAAUACCCAUGCCUCAGAAGUAUUCACAGUGAAAUACAAUCCUGAAACUGUAUAAUUUCACGUUUGUUGUACAGCGCAGAACCCAGGUAAAUAGAAAAGCAUGUUAAUAUUGCUUUUAUAUGUCACAAUGCAACCUCAUGAUAAUAGAGAAGGGCAAAUGAUUUUGUCAGUAAACAACAUAAUCAUAAUCUAAUAUGUUAUAAUAUAUCAAGAAAAGAUGUUCUUUUUUUAUGGACUUUGCCUUUAAGUUUAAAUUUAGGUUUGGGGCAUGGGCCUGUUUUGUGUAUGCCAAUCAUAUAAAUUGACUUAAAUUAUCUCUAUGUGAAUGAAUUAAUUGCAAUCUAAUAACAAGGGGUCUAUAUCUGUAAUCAGUCAUUCCAGUUAUUUUACUGCACAUUUUAGCAGUCUAAAUUUAAUCAUAUUAAUUUGGGUUUUAGGGCUAAUGACAACUUUCAGCAUGUUUUCCCUUUGUGCAUAUCUGUUGUUGAUCUUGAAAACAUUGAUGGUUGACCAUCCUGCCUGUUCUUUUUUUAUUUUAAACAAUAUUAUUCAUUCAAAUAUUAUGUUUGGCUUUUGUAUUUGUUUUCAAGCUUUAAAUAACACGGUGGAGGAUAAAUGUGUUGCUGCAGUUUAUAUAUUAGGCUGUAAUAUUUAAUGUUUCUGUAUGACAAUACAUCUACUGCAGUUUAAUGGUGUUGACUGAACAAGUAAUUUCUAACCAAAUUGUGUCUAAUCUUAACAGUGUUACAGAAUAUGUAGUUUCAAAUUAAGCUACUUUUAAAGCAAUAUUUCACCCCAUUUCCAAUUCAGAAAUUGCUUUCAGAUAAAGUGGUGCAAAAUUAAAACGCACCGUAACACACACAAUAUCUUUUUUAAAGUUGUGAAACUGAUGACCAGUUGAUUUCGACAAGAAAAAAUAUGUAUCUUGAACUUAUAAAGCAAUUAUACAUAUU